UGCCCUAUUUUUAUUCCUCUCCUGUCUCCUUUUCUAUUUGAUUCUGUCUUCUCCGGGAUUUCUUUUUUCUUUUUUCUCUGUAUCUUGGUUGUCCUUUCGAUAAUCUCAUCCAACAUCUCACCAUCAUGGCUUCUCAGUCGACAUCUCGGAAAUCCCGUCGUCUGAGCCGGGAUACUGGCUUUCCAGAACCCUUUGAUCAAUUUAGCAAUACUACUCUCCCCCACCCUGACGCCGACCUCUCACCAAACGCUUGCAUCUCACACGAUGACCUGGCUGGCGACCAUGCUCUCAAGAGAAAGCGACUCUCGUUCUUACACCGACACAAGAACAGGCGAACCCUGAUGCAUGGAAUCAUUGGCCCGCAAACCGAACUCGUCAGCAGUGUCUUGUCACUGUCGCUAUCACGCUCCAGCAGCAGCCUCCAGGUCGGAGAGGCAGCCCUAGCCCCUAAGCUGACGAGUCCUUCGACUUCCAGCUUUCAAUCCAAGAGCGGCAGCGAGAGUGCGGAAUCGACCAAGAAGGAAGACGAGACACCGCCAUCUUCACCAGACACCGUAGGCCACAGCCCCAAGAAGACCCACCGGUUCGGCAAGUGGCGACGCUCUCGAGGUGAAGACCGAGACUGAACAGCGGGCCAUAUACAAGUACAUACCGCCUUUUGACAAACGUGCCCGCUGGGCGACAUGCAUCAUACAUUUUUCUUGAUUCUCUUGGACACUGGAAGAAAAAAGGGGAAGAAAAAAGAUGGAAACGAAGUUACGACUCUCUUUUGUGUUUUGCUUUAUAACAUAUUUUUCAUCUUAAUCUAUAAGCGACGGAGUUUGGGGCGGGCUUGAAAUUGGAAACAAGACAACAGAUGGACGACACGGCCUUUGUCUUGAAAUCAUGGAUAUUACUGUUGGUCUUCCCUUCAAGAGAAGGGAAUCUGUCUUUAACUUGGCGACAAGUAUACUGCUUUGCAUCUGUUUUGUGAACUAACGACAUGGCACAUAAGGAACUGCAGUAGCUGAUGUGUAAUAAAAAAAAAAGUGACAGUGUUGACAUUGCCACU